GUAGAGUUAAUUCUGGUGUAUCUGGUGGCCAAUGAAAACAAAGGUCAUGUAGUUGAAAGAUGCAAAACAGGAAACCCAUGAUGACGCUCAGCACUUUAGGUCAUCUCCAUUGUCAUGAUAAACAUCAUUACAUUGUAUAAUAACAAUGUCAUUGUGAUAUCGUCUGUUUAAAUUUAUGACCUCUGCCUUAUGCAUUUACAAUUGUAAAGAUGAUCACUUUACCAUAUUGAAAAGUUUACAAACUGUUAAUCAUUCAGAUGAAAAAAUGUACUUCAAAAUGAAGUUCACUAAGAAGUUAUUUAACUGAUAGUAAAAUCCCAAAAUAGCUUUUCAAAGUGUGUUUCUAAAAGAAGAAAUGAGUGGACCAGAAUAAUAUAACCCUCACUUUAAAAAAAAAAAAAAAAAAAGAAAGAAAAAGGGGGAAAAAACCUUUAUGUGAUUCAAAGCUCUUCAGCAGAAAUACCGCCCACCACAAUGAACCAGGCCGUUCUCACUGAAGACCCUCAACCUUAUCAGUCACUGAGAUGGAGCGAGCAAGAGUAACACUCUUCAUACUUGUGUGUGUUUUGUUCUGUGAACACCAGAGAGUGUUUGGGACAGAAGUGGACAUGAGAGUUAAAGCAGGAGACAACAUCACUCUCUACUCUGACUGUAUCAUUCCUCUUGGAUCACACAUUGUUUGGUUGAGAAACUGCUCACAUGAGCAUCAACCAUCUCUGUUAAUAGAGACUAUAAACCUGUUCUGGGGGACGUUUCCACGUUUCAGUUUUGUGUUCAACGGCUCCAGUAACUCCUAUGAUCUACAUAUAGAGAAUGUCAGUGUCUCUGAUGAGGGAAUAUAUUACUGUGCGAAAAGAAAAAGAGAAGUAACUGAAGACGUACACGGCAUCACGGCAAAAUAUGAGUUUGAGUAUGGAAACAAGAUAACACGUUUAUCUGUCUUGGAGUCAGUGUCUCCUCAUGCAGAGCAGUUUAACAUCACCUCCACUCCUCCUGUGUUAGACUGUAUGCUCAGCUUCAAGCUGCUGUUCGGUGUGUGUCUUGCAUGUGUUCUCCUCUUCUCUCUCCUCUCUUCCAUUGCUGUGUACUGCCUCUGUCCGAGGAAAAUUACAGGUUCUGACGCUGAAUCACAGACUCCGAACAGACAUGAUGAGGGUGGUGAUGAAGUGUGUUAUGCUUCAUUGGACAUGCCGUCCAUACGUCAAAAAAAGAUUAAGGAAAAAAGAGUUCAGAGUUCAAACUUUAGUGCUUAUUCUGAGGUCAGAUCCAAAAAAGUACAGUCUUAAAAAUAAAUGUUCUUUCAAAAGAAUGAGAUAAUAAAAUAUUGACAACACUCUACAAUAAACUCUCAUUUGUUAACAUUAGUUAAUGCAUUAACUAACAUUAACAUCGAGCAAUACAUUUUUAGAGCAUUUACUUGCCUUUAAUAUUAGUUAAUAAAGAUGUUCGCACUCUUGUUAGUUUCACAGUGCAUUAACUAAUGUUAACAGAUGCAACUUUUAACCUUAAAAAUGAUUUAGUAAAUGUUGAGAUUGACAUUAAAGAUUAGUAAAUGCUGUAGAAGUAUUGUUCAUUGUUAGUUCAUGUUAACUAAUGUAAUUAACUAAUGUUAACUUAAAUGAAAACUUAUUGUAAAGUGUUGCCAAAAUAUAGUAGAAUAUGGUAUCCAGCAGCAUUUGGCUUUUUUCCCUUUCCCAAAUCUGGAAACUUUACUUUUAAGAGUAUAUGGGAGUUGUGUAUAAUGUAUGACAUGCUGUGUUCCAGUCAAAGAAGAUCAUAUUUAAUGGAUUCUUAAAAUGUGUUCAUGGUUAAAUUAAAAUAAAAAGCGGACUGCAUCAUAAUAAUAUUUCUAAUCUUUUAGAUAAUGCAGUUCCAAUUCCAUCUUAUUCAAGUUAUGUAAUAAAGACACAAAUGAAUUGUGAUGUAAUGAACAAUAAAUAUUUAUUCUGUAUUUAUUUCGGUUGUGGAAUAGCCUGUGAUUAGUCAUUGUUAAUUAUAGUAGAAUAAUUGGUUACACUUUAUUUUAAGGUGUCUUUGUUACACUGUAAUUAUAUAUUUAAGUACUAAGUAAUAUUAAGUAACUUCAUGUACUUACUAUAGGGUUUGGAUUAGGGUUUGGUUUAGGUUUAGGGUUAGGGUUAGUUGCAUGUAAUUAUGCAUAAUUUAUUGUUAUUACUACAUUAACUACAUGUAACAUAUGUAACAAUGACACUGUAAAAUAAAGUGCUACCGAAUAAUUAUAUGUGAUAUAACAUGUAAAACCGGGUUCACACCGCACGCGUCAGAGACGCGCGAGUAUUCACACUGGAAGCGUUUGUACAGCGUCACAGCAGCACCUCCAAGCUACAUAUAAAGUGAGCAUUUCUUUACAAAGACAGCUAUAAAUUUGUUUUUAUAAGUUGGUCAUUUAUAAACUUGAUAGUCUUGAAAGUUUGUUAACAUGCAAGGUGUACAACACUCGCAUAUAAACGUAAAAUAAAUAAAAAAUAAAUAAAUAAAAA